ACUUCUGGUCUCUAUCUACAACUUCUACUGUUCCACUAGUUACUCUUCUUGAGGGAGAGACGGUCCUGUUCGGCAUCUUCCGUCACUUCGACUCCUCCAAGCACGACCCCCUAGUUGAUCGACGCGCAACCGAAAGUCGAGGCAUGGAUGCCGCGCUGUCUCCCGUACAGCCAACCAGCUAAGUAGCUUCAGAAGCCAUUUCGUCCGCUGGUGUGCGACAACACCCGUCUCAUGUGAACGAAUUCCUCCGCAAAAAGAAGAUCCCAAGACCGAUCCGGCCUUUUUCGCGUGGGAAAGAAAUAAUCAGAUUCGUUGGUGGUCAUUCGCGCGGCACAACCCCCUCUCUCCGUCAUCGACGGUUGCUCGAAACAUUGGGAAGUUCGGACGCUUAGUUCUCUGAGGACGGUAGCGGUGCGCUGUCACCUGGAAAGCCAAAGAUGAGUUCGGGCGGGGGAGAUGCGAAGCUCUUCGCAAGGGGCAAAGUCGCAGAGUUGCGACAGGAGCUCAACAGCGGCGGCAAGAAGGAUCGGAACCACUCCGCGAAGAAGAUCGCCCUCAAGAAGAUUGUCGCCAACAUGACCAUGAGCAACAAUGACAUGAUCGGGCUGUUCCCAGAUGUCAUUGCCUGCAUGACGAUUCCCAGUUUGGAGAUCAAGAAGAUGUGCUUUCUGUUUCUGGUCAAUUACGCGAGAAUAAAACCAGCAGAUGCUUUGAAAGCGCUGCCAACGCUGGUGGAUGAUAUGGACGAUACCAACCCGCUGGUGCGCGCAUUGGCUCUGCGAACUAUUUCCUACGUUCAUGUGAAGGAGUUUGUGGAGGCAACGGUUCAGCCAUUGAAACGUCUCAUGACCGACUCAGAUCCCUACGUGAGGAAAACCGCGGCUUUCUGUGUCGCCAAGCUCUAUGAUCAUGACAAGAAGCUUGUCGAGAACUCGGAUCUCAUUGAUCGACUCAAUCGGAUGUUGAAAGAUGAUAACCCUACCGUUGUUUCCAGUGUUCUUGCCGCGUUGACGGAUAUCUGGGAGCGUAGUGAGUCGAUCUCGCUCACCAUUGACUACGUCAGUGCAUCGAAAGUAGUGUCGAUCCUGCCUGACUGCUCCGAAUGGGGCCAGACGUACAUCCUGGAAGCUUUAAUGGCUUAUGUACCGAAAGAAUCCUCAGAGGCGCUAUUAUUGGCAGAGCGUAUAGCGCCUCGACUUUCUCAUUCCAAUUCAGCAGUGGUUUUGACAUCGAUUCGUGUCAUCCUUUAUCUGAUGAACUACAUUGCGGAUGAACGACAAAUCACCGCUCUCGCACGAAAGCUCUCUCCGCCUCUGGUCACGUUGUUAUCGAAACCCCCAGAAGUACAGUACUUAGCGCUCCGAAACGCGAUUCUAAUUCUGCAGAAAAGACCUGAGGUCUUGCGGAACGAUAUCCGCGUCUUCUUCUGUAAAUAUAAUGACCCCAUCUAUGUCAAGGUGACUAAGCUGGAGUUGAUCUUCAUGCUUACCACCAAGGAUAAUAUCUCCAUUGUCUUGGCAGAGCUUCGCGAAUACGCUACGGAAAUUGAUGUUCACUUCGUGCGCAAGGCUGUGCGCGCAAUCGGAAAGUUGGCCAUCAAGAUCGAGUCUGCGGCUCGCGAGUGUAUUGAUACGCUCCUAGAGCUGGUCAAUGCCAAGAUCCCUUAUAUCGUGCAGGAAGCAACCGUCGUCAUCCGGAAUAUCUUCCGAAAGUACCCUAACCAGUACGAAGGCAUCAUCGGCACUGUCAUCUCGAAUAUUGAUGAAUUGGACGAACCGGAAGCCAAGGCCGCCGUCAUCUGGAUUAUCGGUCAGUAUGCUGAUCGAAUUGAAAACUCGGAUAGCUUGCUGCAGGACUACCUGGCAACUUUCCAUGAUGAGACCAUCGACGUACAGCUGGCAUUACUCACAGCUACUGUGAAGAUGUUUAUUCAGCGCCCGACGAAGGGGCAGAAACUGGUGCCCCAGGUGUUGAAAUGGUGCACAGAGGACACGGAUGACCCAGAUUUGAGGGAUAGAGGGUACAUGUACUGGCGCCUUCUGUCUACCGAUCCUGCUUCUGCGAAGCAAAUUGUCAUGGGUGAAAAGCCACCCAUCACCGCUGAGAGCGAGAAGCUCGACCCUCGCACACUCGAGGAGCUGUGUCUCAGCGUUGGUACUCUCGCCACUGUCUACUUGAAACCUGUCCAGCAGGUCUUCCGCUCGGCCAGAGCAAAAAAGCUGCAACCCAGCCCAGCCCUCCAGAAACCAAAGCUGGACACCACCAGCAAUGGGAUUAUGAAUCUCAUGAGCCCCGUCCCAGAUGCAAUGGCUAUUUCUCCUACCUCUGGCACGCCGUCCAACAAAGGCGAUCUGGCCGCCGCAGUCAACGCUGCAGACGUAUACUUCAACAACGUUGGCAGCCAGCAGAUGGCAGCAAUGCAUCUAGGUGAACGCGACGACUUUGGAGCUGGCGGAGGAGGAGCCCCGCAGACAUCGUACGUCGUCAACCAGAACCAGCAGCAGAUCUAUCAACCGCAGGCGGCUGGCGGAGCAGCAACUGGGGAGUUGCUGUUGCUGUAAUUUUGUACUCCCUGUCGAGACCAUUUCCUUUCCUUCCCUUCUAUGGAUCCGCAUGUAGUAACUAGCGAGUGAACAUUCGAUCCAAAAAGUCGAGAGUCUGGAGACUCUUCAAUGGGGGAGAAGGGGCGUUGAUAAAAGUUGGCUGCCUCACGCAAAGAAAUUAGAGAUUGACCUGCUUCUGCUAUAUCCGAUUUUCUGCCUGAGACCUGGUCCUUUUCUUCAUGUCCAGUCUCAAAUAUAUUCCCUUCUUCACGGUUAUGGCUAUACCCAUUGGGCUGUCGGCCGUUUUACUUAGAUAGGUUGGCUUUGCAUUUAUGUAUUCUAUUCCCGUCUUGUUUAUUUCUAUCUAUCUAUACUUAUUGUUAUCUAGAAAGGGCAUUCAUUUUGCUUUUUUGG